CUGCUGAUAGUACAGGGCUCUAGGAGUCACUCUGCACAUGCUCAGUUUUGGUGUGUUUUGCUAGAAAGUUUUUUUUUUUCUAUUUGGGAGGGUGCAUGUGAUCAGCACAGGGCCAAUCAGCACUGUCCAGACAGAGGUCAGGGGUUCUGCAUUCUCCUAGAGCAGAAAGAAAACUCCUCCUACAAGCUUUAACCAGUGCUCUGCUGGACACUGAUAGGAGUGACAAGACUGCUCUAACUGCUAAUGAGAAAAGGUAUUUAGCAGUUUAUAUUUACUAAAAUAAUUUCAUUUCCAUGUUCUGUGUACUGUGGGAGAUCAGAUAUAGUGAAUGCAGGGGCCUGG